AUGGAGUCGCCUCCUUCUUUCUCCACGCACUCCGAAGUGCCUCCGUUGAGCGAAGACAGUGGUCUGUUUAUUACAAGUGGCUCAUUUUCUAGUGAUUCCGCGAGUGGAUGGCAUCAUAUUGCAUCCGAGGUAAGAUUAAUCAGCGGGUAUACCAUAGCGGAGAUUAUUAAAAUGGCUGUAAAUAUAUCGGAAGCUUUCGUCAUUCAGUUGCAAGAGAGCGACUUCGACGAGCGGUCGCUAUCAAUGUGCGAGACGGAGGCUUCGGAACGCAUGUGCGGUGACUUUUUCAACACCGUGAAAAAGGGUCCUGGGAAAGUCAUCGUGACUGCAAUAGAACCACCACCUGAAUUUCAGGAUGAUCCAAUACAAAUUAGUGAAGAUUGUGGGUCCGCCUCGGGCGGGUCACCAAGUAAAUGUAUGGCUGUGCGAGUGCCUCCAUCCGUCGUUUUUAGGAACGAUGUUAGUAAAACAAAAUCAUCGAGCUUAGAAAUUGCAAUGACUUCUAGGAAUGUAUCGCCAUUGUAUCCGAGAAAAUUGAAACCCGAGUCACUAUAUGAGCGGCGUCAAUGUCUUAACCACAGGUUUGCAAGUCCGAGACUCCUACAUCUCAGCCCGUGUCGUAUGAACAGGCCGUCUUCUAGAAACUCCCUAUCCUCUCGACUCUCUAGCAGUCACAACUCUUUAAUUACUCAGUUCCAAGCGGAUGACUCCAGCUUUAUUACUCAAGCUAUAUCACAUGAUACUCUCUCCGCCAAAACCUCAGAUAUCACUGACAUGUACAAUGUACCCUUCGACAGCGACAUAUACGCUGUGCCCAUUGACAUGGUCCGACCUAGUCACAGUAAUGUGAGGGGGAAAAGCAAGAAGGCGAGAAAUAAUAGAAGACGUGGAAGAAGUUCUCAGAGCAUAGGAACAAGCAACGUUCCCGAAACAAGAUAUAAGUCUAAGGAGACGAGACAUAAAGACACUAGAUCCAAGAGACACAGUUUGCCGAGUUCGUCCUGCAAGAAGAAUGUCACCGACUCAGACACGGACUCGCUGCAUCUCACGUUAAGAGAGAUGAGGAAGUAUCUGCACACUCUAUACUCCAGUUCCAGCGAUUCAGACUGCCGCGGCACCAUCACUAAGAAAGGCAGCACUAUAAUAACGAACAUGAGGCAACACACCAGCAAAGAGACAAACACUCCCGCCUUCGUAAAGGAAAACAACGAAAUACACGCACGGGUGGAAACGAACAACAAUCACAAGAAAACUAAUAAGAACACGGUAGCUAUGAACGUUAAGAACAAGAAACACAAAGAGGCCGUGAAAGAAGUGACCGAUGAUAAGGAGAAGACGAAGAAGACUCAGGGGAAGAAGUCGUCGGUGAAAAUGUUGUCCAUGAACCUGAAGCAGAGCUUCUGUAACUUGUUCCGAUGGCGGCGCUCCAGUGAGAGCGAGGGUGAGUCCGUGGAGCGAGGCAGGGAGUCCCCGCCGCCGGCCGUGCGCCGUGCCUUGCCGCCCCUGCCGCAGUCACCUCAUGCAUCCAACACCAACCCACGCCGACACGAUGAAGACACUAUCCUCGACUUCGCCACCUCCAUACAAAGAGUCAAAGAUUACGGCUGGUACUGGGGUCCUAUAUCCGUGGAGGCUGCUGAGAAGAUACUUUCCAAUGAGCCGGACGGGUCCUUCAUUGUUCGGGACAGCAGCGACGAUCAUUACAUCUUCACGCUCACCUUCAAGCUGAACGGCAUGAGGCACGUCAGAAUAGAACACGAUCAGGGUAACUUCUGUUUCGGAGGUUGUACGAUGUUCAAGGCGCAGACUAUAGUGGAAUUCAUUGAGAACGCUGUCGAAACGUCUCGUAGCGGCCGCUACUUAUUCUUCUUGAACUUGAGGCCAGUCCUUGGUCCCGUGCGGGUCCAACUGCUUUAUCCCGUAUCAAGAUUCAAGAGGGUGCAGAGCUUGCAGCAUAUGUGCAGGUUCGUCAUACUAAAGCACGUGCGUCGCGAUCUGAUCAGCAGCCUGCCACUGCCGAGGCGUCUCCUAGACUACCUGAGCGCCACCCACUACUAUUCAGAGCUUUUGGCGGAGAUAUAA